CCUCAGAUUACCAAGCAAGAACAGCUAAAAUGAAAGCCGUCACUCAUCUUACUCUUCUUGCUCUCCUUUCUGUAAACACAGCCGCCAACCAAGGCAACUCAGCUGAUGCUGUAACAACCACAGAAACUGCGACUAGUGGUCCUACAGUAGCUGCAGCUGAUACCACUGAAACUAAUUUCCCUGAAACUGCUAGCACCACAGCAAAUACACCUUCUUUCCCAACAGCUACUUCACCUGCUCCCCCCAUAAUUAGUACACAUAGUUCCUCCACAAUUCCUACACCUGCUCCCCCCAUAAUUAGUACACAUAGUUCCUCCACAAUUCCUACACCUGCUCCCCCCAUAAUUAGUACACAUAGUUCCUCCACAAUUCCUACACCUGCUCCCCCCAUAAUUAGUACACAUAGUUCCUCCACAAUUCCUACACCUACUGCUGCAGACAGUGAGUCAACCACAAAUGUAAAUUCAUUAGCUACAUCUGACAUAAUCACCGCUUCAUCUCCAAAUGAUGGAUUAAUCACAAUGGUUCCUUCUGAAACACAAAGUAACAAUGAAAUGUCCCCCACCACAGAAGGCAAUCAAUCAUCAGGGCCUCCCACUGGCACCACUUUAUUGGAGACCAGCACCCUAAACAGCACAGGUCCCAGCAAUCCUUGCCAAGAUGAUCCCUGUGCAGAUAAUUCGUUAUGUGUUAAGCUGCAUAGUACAAGUUUUUGCCUGUGUUUAGAAGGGUAUUACUACAACUCUUCUACAUGUAAGAAAGGAAAGGUAUUCCCUGGGAAGAUUUCAGUGAUAGUAUCAGAAACAUUUGACCCAGAAGAGAAACAUUCCAUGGCCUAUCAAGACUUGCAUAGUGAAAUUACUAGCUUGUUUAAAAAUGUAUUUGGCACAUCUGUUUAUGGACAGACUGUAAUUCUUACUGUAAGCACACCUCUGUCACCAAGAUCUGAAAUGCGUGCUGAUGACAAGUUUGUUAAUGUAACAAUAGUAACAAUUUUGACAGAAACCACAAGUGACAAUGAGAAGACUGUGACUGAGAAAAUUAAUGAAGCAAUUAGAAGUAGCUCAAGCAUCUUUCUAAACUAUGAUUUGACCCUUCGGUGUGAUUAUUAUGGCUGUAACCAGACUGCGGAUGACUGCCUCAAUGGUUUAGCAUGCAAUUGCAAAUCUGACCUGCAAAGGCCUAACCCACAGAGCCCUUUCUGCAUUGCUUCCAGUCUCAAGUGUCCUGAUGCCUGCAACACACAGCACAAGCAAUGCUUAAUAAAGAAGAGUGGUGGGGCGCCUGAGUGUGCGUGCGUGCCCGGCUACCAGGAAGAUGCUAAUGGGAACUGCCAAAAGUGUGCAUUUGGCUACAGCGGACUCGACUGUAAGGACAAAUUUCAGCUGAUCCUCACUAUUGUGGGCACCAUUGCUGGCAUUGUCAUUCUCAGCAUGAUAAUUGCAUUGAUUGUCACAGCAAGAUCAAAUAACAAAACGAAGCAUAUUGAAGAAGAGAACUUGAUUGACGAAGACUUUCAAAAUCUAAAACUGCGGUCAACAGGCUUCACCAAUCUUGGAGCAGAAGGGAGCGUCUUUCCUAAGGUCAGGAUAGCGGCCUCCAGAGACAGCCAGAUGCAAAAUCCCUAUUCAAGCCAGAGCAGCAUGCCCCGCCCUGACUAUUAGAAUCAUAAGAAUGUGGAACCCGCCAUGGCCCCCAACCAAUGUACAAGCUAUUAUUUAGAGUGUUUAGAAAGACUGAUGGAGAAGUGAGCACCAGUAAAGAUCUGGCCUCCGGGGUUUUUCUUCCAUCUGACAUCUGCCAGCCUCUCUGAAUGGAAGUUGUGAAUGUUUGCAACGAAUCCAGCUCACUUGCUAAAUAAGAAUCUAUGACAUUAAAUGUAGUAGAUGCUAUUAGCGCUUGUCAGAGAGGUGGUUUUCUUCAAUCAGUACAAAGUACUGAGACAAUGGUUAGGGUUGUUUUCUUAAUUUUUUUCCUGGUAGGGCAACAAGAACCAUUUCCAAUCUAGAGGAAAGCUCCCCAGCAUUGCUUGCUCCUGGGCAAACAUUGCUCUUGAGUUAAGUGACCUAAUUCCCCUGGGAGACAUACGCAUCAACUGUGGAGGUCCGAGGGGAUGAGAUGGGAUACCCGCCAUCUUUCAAGGGUCACAAGCUCACUCUCUGACAAGUCAGAAUAGGGAUACUGCUUCUAUCCCUCCAAUGGAGAGAUUCUGGCAACCUUUGAACAACAGCCCAGAGCUUGCAACCUAGCCUCACCCAAGAAGACUGGAAAGAGACAUAUCUCUCAGCUUUUUCAGGAGGCGUGCCUGGGAAUCCAGGAACUUGUUGAUGCUAAUUAGAAGGCCUGGACUAAAAAUGUCCACUAUGGGGUGCACUCUACAGUUUUUGAAAUGCUAGGAGGCAGAAGGGGCAGAGAGUAAAAAACAUGACCUGGUAGAAGGAAGAGAGGCAAAGGAAACUGGGUGGGGAGGAUCAAUUAGAGAGGAGGCACCUGGGAUCCAUCUUCUUCCUUAGGUCCCCUCCUCCAUCAGCAAAGGAGCACUUCUCUAAUCAUGCCCUCCCGAAGACUGGCUGGGAGAAGGUUUAAAAACAAAAAACCCAGGAGUAAAGAGCCUUAGGUCAGUUUGAAAUUGGAGACAAGCUGUCCGGCGAAGGGUGCGAGAGGGAGCUUGUGCUCAGGAGUCCAGCCGUCCAGCCUCGGGGUGUAGGUUUCUGAGGUGUGCCACUGGGGCCUCAGCCUUCUCUGGUGACAGAGGCUCAGCGGUGGCCACCAACACACAACCACACACACACAACCACACACACAAAUGGGGGCAACCACAUCCAGUACAAGCUUUUACAAAUGUUAUUAGUGUCCUUUUUUAUUUCUAAUGCCUUGUCCUCUUAAAAGUUAUUUUAUUUGUUAUUAUUAUUUGUUCUUGACUGUUAAUUGUGAAUGGUAAUGCAAUAAAGUGCCUUUGUUAGAUGGUG